AAAAGCAGAUGCCUCCUGCACCUCCUGCACCUCCUGCACCGCCCCCGUACGCCGCCGCUGACCGUCCGCCGGCGCCUCCCUUCUCCGAAAAUGGACAGCAACUUCCAGCAUUAAAUCGCCCUCCUGCGACGUUUGAGGCAUUGCCGCCACAUCUAGUGUUGUACAUUACGCAAUUGACUUUGAAACCGCGGAAGGGAAGAGCGGAAGUAGAGUAUACGCGGAAGGUGUUGUAUUGGAUGACAGUUUGUCUAAGGAUGGUUAAUCGAUCGUUCUAUAUUGCUUGCAUGCAUGUGUUACGAUCGACUUAUCUUCCAGCAUACCUAUCUAUGAUCAAGCCACCGUACACUUCGGAUCCGUUCCCGUUAUCUACUCCUGAAGCCGGUCCUUCUAGCGUGGCAACUUCGUCAAGUUCAACAAUGAUGUCACCUGUCAACUCUGUACAACGGGAAACCCAGGUAUUGGAUCUGUUUCUGACUGCAAAAGUUAGGGAAGACGUAUGGGCGGAUGAGUCAGAACUCCAUCUGGAGCGAGAAGAAGCCUUCCUAGAUCUUUUCUCGGUCCUACAACCGCGGGCGCGACUAGAAGACCUCGUGCGUACAUACGGGUCCGCAGCAGGUGUCAUCUCUGUCAGUUCAAGCACAGGAAACACCAUCAUCGCCUCCGGUCCAUGUCCUACCUCCUCACCUAUUUCACCUACAUUCCCAUCCGUAUCCGUUCCAUCCGCCGCUCGUCCUACUCAGCAAUCUCAUCCUCAUACGCCCACUUCUUCUUCAGCUCCUAAUACAACUCCUACACCGUAUCCAUACCCAUUUCCUCGUGCGCGCGGUCAGAUGCUUGUCACCCGGCGUGUACCAUUCUCAUCCUUAACCUGUUCAUUCGGACCGCGGAGUGUAGGACUGGUGUUAACAACGAAGAGUGGGAGACGGACGAUCGUCGAAGUCCCACGUGCAAGGGAGGAAAAAUUAGAAGUCGCUGCGAAGAGACUUGUGAAAGGGUUAGAAGGAUGGGUCCAGGAGAAUUAUACCACCAGUAGCGGAGGGUGACUUGGACAAUAUGAAAUUUUGUUGAUUAUAUUUAUUUAUCGUUGAAAGUAUGUUGCAAAUUGGAUACUCAAUUUAUGCAGCAGUCUGCAUAUAUGCACUUUACUUUUCUCUUUAAUUUUGCAUCAGGCACAAAUCUCAUUUAUAAAGUAGUAGUACAUGUGUAGUCAUGUCCUUACAUUGAGCUUCGC